UGUAUAUACAUGAAUAAUGACAACUAAUAAUUUCACCCUCCUUCGUUCCCUAAACAAAAAAAGGAAACUUGGAAUAUAAGAAAAUGGCAGAAACUCAAGCCAGAGGAUUUGGAAGAGGUGGACGUGGUGGCCGUGGCCGCGGCCGUGGCCGUCGUGGCGCCAAGCGUGACGAAGAAAAGGAAUGGAUGCCCGUUACCAAGUUGGGUCGUUUGGUGAAGGCCGGUAAGAUCAAGUCUAUUGAGGAGAUCUACUUGUACUCUCUCCCCAUCAAGGAGUACCAAAUUGUUGACUUCUUCUUGCCUAAGUUGCAAGACGAGGUCAUGAAGGUUUGCCCCGUCCAAAAGCAAACCCGUGCCGGUCAACGUACCCGUUUCAAGGCUUUCGUUGUUAUUGGUGACAGCGAUGGUCACGUUGGUUUGGGUAUCAAGUGUGCUAAGGAAGUUGCUACCGCCAUCCGUGGUGCCAUCAUCAUGGGUAAGCUCUCCAUCAUGCCCGUUCGUCGUGGUUACUGGGGUACUGCUUUGGGUGAGCCUCACACUGUCCCUAUCAAGGUUUCCGGUAAGUGUGGUUCCGUUACCGUUCGUCUUGUCCCUGCUCCUCGUGGUGCUGGUCUCGUUGCUGCUCCCGUUACCAAGCGUUUCCUCCAACUCGCUGGUAUCCAAGAUUGCUACACUCAAUCUCGUGGCUCCACCAAGACUUUGGGUAACUUCGUCAAGGCUGCUUUCGCUGCCGCUUCCCUCAGCUACGGUAUCCUUACUCCUAACUUGUGGGCUGAGCGUCCUUUCGGUCAAACCCCCAUUGAGGAGUAUGCUGAUACCUUGAUGCAAACCGAGAAGAAGUACUAAGUUUCUAAGGUUUGAUUAGCAUAAAACGAAGCAAUAAAAUGAAUGGAAACAUUCUGCCCGAAAAUUUAUGAUUUUUAGUAUAUCAAGUAAGCAGUUGUAAGAGAUAGUUUUUUCUAAAAAGCUGGUUGUGGUAGUUUAUGGUAA